CUGCAAGCAAAUGACCUUCAGAAAGAAGUAUACCAGCAUCUGGCCUAUUAUGUACCAAAAAUUUACUGCAGGGGUCCUAACCCUGCCCCACAAAGAGAAGACAUGCUGGCACAACACGUUUUGCUGGGACCAAUGGAAUGGUAUCUUUGUGGUGAAGAUCCUGCGUUUGGUUUUCCAAAGCUUGAGCAAGCGAACAAACCUUCCCAUCUCUGUGGCCGUGUUUUUAAAGUGGGAGAGCCUACGUAUUCUUGCAGGGACUGUGCAGUUGACCCAACUUGUGUGUUAUGCAUGGAGUGCUUUCUCGGAAGUAUUCAUAGAGAGCACCGAUACAGGAUGACAACAUCAGGUGGAGGAGGUUUCUGUGACUGUGGCGAUACGGAAGCUUGGAAAGAAGGUCCUUACUGUCAAAAGCACGAACUUAACACUUCAGAGACUGCAGAAGAAGAGGAUCCUCUCGUGCACUUACCAGAAGAUAUGGUAGCAAGAGCUUAUAAUAUUUUUGCCAUCACAUUUAAAUAUGCAGUAGAUAUAUUAACAUGGGAAAAGGAAAAUGAAUUGCCUGGCCUCGAAAUGAUUGAGAAGAGUGACACUUACUACUGCAUGCUCUUUAAUGAUGAAGUCCAUACCUAUGAACAAGUUAUUUAUACUCUUCAGAAGGCUGUCAACUGCACACAGAAGGAAGCUAUUGGCUUUGCAACAACAGUGGAUAGAGAUGGGCGUAGGUCUGUGCGAUAUGGAGACUUCCAGUACUGUGAUCAAGCAAAAUCAGUAAUAGUGAGAAAUACCAGUCGUCAGACAAAGCCAUUGAAAGUACAAGUUAUGCAUUCAUCUAUUGUUGCCCAUCAGAGCUUUGGUCUGAAGCUCCUAACUUGGCUUGGCAGUGUUAUUGGAUAUUCAGAUGGCCUUCGUCGAAUAUUGUGUCAGGUUGGUUUACAGGAGGGGCCAGAUGGUGAAAAUUCUUCUCUUGUGGAUAAGUUGAUGCUGUAUGAUUCUAAACUGUGGAAAGGAGCUAGAAAUGUGUAUCACCAGUUAUUCAUGAGCAGUCUACUUAUGGAUUUGAAAUACAAGAAACUUUUCGCUAUCCGCUUUGCAAGAAACUAUGAGCGAUUGCAGAGUGAUUUUAUGAAAGAUGACCACGACAGAGAGUUCUCAAUUGCUGACCUCUCGAUACAGAUAUUCACAGUGCCUUCUCUUGCUCGAAUGCUAAUUACAGAAGAAAAUCUCAUGACCACUAUCAUCAGAACUUUCAUGGACCACUUAAGGCACCGUGACAUCCAAGGCAGGUUUCAGUUUGAACGUUACACUGCUCUGCAGGCUUUCAAAUUCAGGCGUGUUCAGAGCCUUAUUUUGGAUCUCAAGUAUGUGUUGAUAAGUAAGCCAACUGAGUGGUCAGAUGACUUGAGGCACAAGUUCCUAGAGGGUUUUGAUGCCUUCUUAGAAUUACUCAAAUGUAUGCAGGGUAUGGAUCCAAUAACUCGUCAAGUAGGCCAACACAUAGAAAUGGAACCGGAAUGGGAGGCAGCAUUUACAUUGCAGAUGAAAUUAACACUUGUUAUUUCAAUGAUGCAGGACUGGUGUGCAUUGGAUGAAAAAGUGUUAAUUGAAGCUUACAAGAAAUGCCUGACUGUGUUGAUGCAGUGUCAUAGUGGUUUUACUGAUGGAGAACAGCCUAUUGUUCUCAGUAUGUGUGGUCAUUCAGUUGAGACCAUCAGAUACUGUGUUUCUCAGGAAAAAGUUAGCAUUCAUCUCCCAGUUUCUCGCUUACUUGCAGGCUUACAUGUUUUGCUGAGUAAAACUGAAGUGGCAUAUAAGUUUCCAGAGCUCCUACCCCUGAGUGAACUUAGCCCACCUAUGUUAAUAGAACAUCCUCUACGAUGCUUAGUCCUAUGUGCCCAAGUGCAUGCAGGGAUGUGGAGAAGAAAUGGAUUCUCUCUUGUUAAUCAGAUUUAUUACUAUCAUAAUGUGAAGUGCAGGAGGGAGAUGUUUGACAAGGAUAUAGUAAUGCUUCAGACAGGUGUGUCUAUGAUGGAUCCAAAUCACUUCUUGAUGAUAAUGCUGAGUCGCUUUGAACUUUAUCAGAUAUUUAGUACUCCAGACUAUGGCAAAAGAUUUAGCACAGAAAAUACUAACAAGGAUGUUGUUCAACAAAAUAACACUCUUAUAGAAGAGAUGCUAUACCUCAUUAUAAUGAUUGUUGGUGAAAGAUUCAGUCCUGGAAUAGGACAGGUAAAUGCAACAGAUGAAAUCAAACGAGAGAUCAUCCAUCAGCUGAGCAUCAGGCCAAUGGCUCACAGUGAAUUGGUAAAGGCAUUACCUGAAGAUGAGAACAGAGAGACUGGAAUGGAAAGUGUGAUUGAAGAAGUGGCAUGUUUCAAGAAACCUGGAUUAACAGGCAGAGGACUGUAUGAAUUAAAACCAGAAUGUGCCAGGAACUUCAAUCUGUAUUUCUAUCACUUUUCAAAGGCAGAGCAAUCAAAGGCAGAGGAAGCACAAAGAAAGCUGAAAAGGCAGAACAGAGAAGAUACAGCACUUCCACCACCAGCUCUUCCUCCUUUCUGCCCACUUUUUGCAAGUCUGGUUAAUAUUCUGCAGUCUGAUGUCAUGCUGUGCAUUAUGGGAACUAUACUGCAAUGGGCAGUAGAACACAAUGGCUAUGCCUGGUCAGAGUCCAUGCUGCAAAGGGUUUUGCAUUUGCUUGGGAUGGCACUACAGGAAGAAAAACAACAUCUGGAGAAUCUCAGUGAGGAGAAUGUUGUAACAUUUACCUUCACUCAGAAAAUAUCAAGACCGGGAGAGGCACCAAAUAAUUCCCCUAGUAUACUAGCUAUGCUAGAAACACUGCAAAACGCACCUCAUCUGGAAGUGCACAAGGACAUGAUCAGAUGGAUAUUGAAGACUUUUAAUACUAUUAAGAAACUAAGAGAAAGCUCCUCGACAAGUCCUGUGGCUGAGACAGAAGGAAAUAUUAUGGAAGAGAGUUCACGUGAUAAAGACAAAGCUGAAAGGAAGCGAAAAGCUGAGAUUGCCAGAUUGCGCAGGGAAAAGAUCAUGGCCCAGAUGUCUGAAAUGCAACGGCACUUCAUUAAUGAGAACAAAGAACUUUUUCAGCAAACUUUGGAGGAGCUGGAUACUUCAACCUCUGGAGUACAUGAAAAUAGCCCUGUAAUUUCAGAUGCAAAACUCACGGCCUUGGGACCAGAGCAAACUAGAGUAGCUGAACACAGACAGGUUGUUAUGUGUAUAUUGUGUCAGGAGGAACAAGAAGUUAAAGUGGACAGCAGGGCUAUGGUCUUGGCAGCGUUUAUUCAGCGAUCAACUGUGUUGUCUAAAAAUAGAAACAAAAUUACUCCAGACCCUGAAAAGUAUGACCCAUUAUUCAUGCACCCAGAUCUGUCGUGUGGAACACACACGGGUAGCUGUGGACAUAUUAUGCAUGCUCAUUGUUGGCAAAGGUAUUUUGAUGCUGUCCAAGCAAAAGAGCAACGGAGACAACAAAGAUUACGAGUACACACAAGUUAUGAUGUAGAAAAUGGCGAAUUCCUUUGUCCACUUUGUGAAUGCUUAAGCAACACUGUUAUUCCUCUGCUUCCUCCACCAAGAGUUUUGUUUAACAGGUUAGACUUUUCAGGCCAACCAAACCUAACUCAGUGGAUCAAAACAAUAUCCCAGCAAAUAAAAGCACUGUAUUUACUUCGAGAUGAGGAUGGUGCAAGAAAUUCUGGUAAUUCAGAAAAAAUGGAUCAGCUGCAAUUACCUGAAGGAUUUAGACCAGAUUUCAAACCGAAGAAUCCUUAUUCUGAGAGCAUAAAAGAGAUGUUGACAACUUUUGGUACGGCAACAUACAAAGUAGGCUUGAAGGUUCAUCCAAAUGAAGAAGAUCCACGUGUACCUAUAAUGUGCUGGGGAAGCUGUGCUUACACGAUACAGACGAUAGAACGAAUUUUAGCUGAUGAAGAUAAACCGUUAUUUGGUCAUUUACCUUGUCGACAGGAUGACUGCCUUACAUCAUUAACAAGAUUUGCAGCAGCUCACUGGACAGUUUCAUCUCUUUCAGCAGUACAGGGUCACUUUUGUACUCUCUUAGCAUCACUGGUGCCUAAUGAAAAACAUGGAAAUCUUCCUUGCAUACUUGAUAUUGACAUGUUUCAUUUAUUGGUAAGCUUGGUGCUCUCUUUCCCUGCCAUACAUUGUCAGGAUUUUUCAGGGGUUAGUCUUGGCACUGGAGAUCUUCACCUGUUUCAUCUUGUCACUAUGGCACACAUAAUACAAAUUUUACUUACCUCGUCAACAGAAGAGAAUGGCAUGGAUCAAGAAAACACUAACAGUGAAGAGGAAGUAGCUGUGCUUGUGCUGUAUAAAUUUCUUUGCCAGUGUACAGGAAGUGCCUUGAAAGAAAUUUCCUCAGGCUGGCACCUGUGGAGGAAUCUAAAAGCUGGGAUCAUGCCUUUCCUCAGAUGUUCUGCUUUGUUUUUCCAUUACUUAAAUGGAGUCCCAGCACCCUCAGAAGUUCAAG